GGGCGGAAGUGGGGGGAGUGUCAUGGCGGCGGUACCGCGGGGGUGCGGGAGCUGAGCGGGGAGGUCUGGGCUGCGGCCGUGAGAGGGCCCGGCGGCUCCAAAGGCCUCCGGCGGCGCGGUGGCGGGGUAGGGCAGAGCAGUGCCGAGCUCUCCAGGGGCUCUGAUGCAUUGCCGGCCGUCUGUGCGCAGCGGGAAUUUCGCCGGGCUGCUUUCCGUAUGAUCCUGGGGCAUGUUCUGAGUUCCCGGAAAGGACACAGUUAAGCACUCCUUUCUUUUGCUCGUAAUGGAUGAAGAGAGCCUGGAAGCAGCAAUCCAGGCCUACAACGCCCAGCUGCAGCAGGUAGAGCUGGCGCUGGGGGCGGGCCAGGACCCCUCGCAGCAGUCGGACCUGAUUCAGUUGCAAGAAGACUUAAAGCAGCUGAUAGAACUGACUGAGUCCAGCCUGGUGGCUGUCAAAAAGAGCAAGCUGUUGGCUGCCUUAGAUACAAAUGCCUCCUCCUCAUCCCCCCAAGUAGGUGCCCUAGAACAGCGUGUGAACCCCGACAGUUCUGCCCAGGACGAGGAGUAUGCUGCCUUCAAGGAAGCCAUUGCUGAGCUCGGAACUGAUGAUGAACCUUCAGCUGAUAACAGCGAGAGAUCUUCAAAGGGAAAUGAAGAAAGCAAGGAGAAAAGUGAACUGAAGUGCAGCGAAGAGGAGGAAGAGUCUGACAGGGAAGAGGAGGAGGAGGAGUUGAGUGGGAUGAAGGUUAAAGCGCCAUACUACAGCUCUUGGGGGACGCUGGAGUACCAUAAUGCCAUGAUUGUGGGGACAGAAUACUUGGAAGAUGGCAGUGCGGGUGUCAGAGUGCUGUAUCUCUAUCCAACUCACAAGUCCUUGAAGCCGUGCCCGUUCUUCUUGGAUGACAAAUGCAGAUUUAAGGAGAACUGUCGGUUUUCACAUGGCCAGGUGGUCUCUGUGGAGGAGCUUCAGCCAUUUCAGGAGCCCAAUCUGAGCACCCUGGAGGUGGGCUCAGCCUGCCUGGCGAAACACAGUGAUGGGAUAUGGUAUGCUGCAAAAAUAACUGAUAUUGACAGUGGUUACUACACUGUGAAGUUUGAUUCCCUGCUGCUAAAGGAAGCUGUUGUGGAAGGAGAUAGUAUAAUUCCCCCACUACGAAGUGAAGAUGGUGCCUCAUCUGCUGAAUCUGAUGAAGACAGUGUUGAUGAUUCUGGUUAUGCUAAAGUGAUAGAUUCCGGGGUUCCAGAGAAUGGAGAAUGGGCUCCUGCAUGCAGUUCUUCUUUCGGUGGCUGGGAAGCCCACACUCGUGGCAUUGGCUCCAAACUGCUUGUUCAGAUGGGAUACGAGUUUGGAAAAGGGCUGGGGAAGAAUUCCGAGGGCCGAGUGGAGCCGGUGCAGGCGGUGGUACUUCCUCGAGGGAAGUCCCUUGAUCAGUGUGCUGAGGUGCUUCAGAGGAAGAAACAGGGAAGGCUGGACCCUGGCAAUUCGAAGAAAUCCCGAGCAAAGGGAAAUAACACUGGGAGGUCCCCUGCAGGCAGCCGCAAACCGCCCCGCAAUGUGUUUGACUUUCUGAAUGAGAAACUGCGAGGGAAGAGCAGUGGGGAGAAGGCUGGAGGUAUGGCACUGCCAGAGAGGAAAAGCAAAGAGAUCUACCACGCUAGCAAAAGCACCAAGAAGGCCCUGAGCGUCCGCCUCUUCCAGACCAUGGAGAAGAUUGAACAAACACAGAAGGAUAUCAAAGGAAUCCAGCAGGCCCUGGCACGCAAUAUUGGGCGACACAGCAUUGCUACCGCCCAGCUGGAGGAGAAGCUGGCUAAUGCACACAAGCAGCUGGGGCAGCUGCAGGCCCAGGAAGCCAGUCUGCAGCGGGAGCAGAAGAAAGCAGACACACAUAAGAAGAUGACUGAAUUCUAGUCUCUGAGGAAGGUGUUUGACUGCAGUGGUUAUCCUUCUAGCCAACUUUUGUGCUCAUGGCCUCAAAGCCUGGAUGAGCUAUCCCGCUUCUCUGGGUCUCAGGCUGCAUUCCCAGCCCAAAAACUGGGCUGAAAGCAGCAGUUCCUUAAACUAGAUGCUUCUGAGCUCUGCUGGGAAGAGGAGGAGCCCACGUCUGUCCAGCGUUGAACUUUGUAUAAGGACUAGCUACAAGAAAUACAAUUCUCUGCUAUCUUGCACACUUCUUUCCCCUCAUCACUGCAGUAGCCGAAGUGUGUAGCUGCUCAGAUGAUAACAUUGCUGGCUACGAACCAGAUGAGGAGGGCCUUUGAAAGCCCCACAUCCUGCCAUCGGUUGUGGCUUGUGUUUGCAGCCAACUGAUGAACACAAGUGGAGGCAGGGUCCCAGGCACAUUCUGGCAGAGCAGAAAAGGCAUAUGCUAGUUGAAAACAACAAAGGCAAAUUGCUUCAGCUGCUCUCUACCUUCUGUUCUCUGCUACGGGGUUUAUGUGAGAACUCUUAAGAGCAGUUUCUCAUAAACCUAGUGUAAUGCACAGACAGAAAACUGGCAGCUUAGGGUUGGGUACUAGGGGCCUCAAGCAUCGUAUUUCUUCAGUUUGACUGUAAGAGUAUCCCUAAGACAUGCUAUAGCCUAACUGAUUGACUUGGCAUGGGAAGCUGCGUGGUUCCAUGAGUGCCAAAGCUGGGGGAGUAAGACAGCAGAGUAACAGAUUCUCAAACCUCCUAUCUAGGAACAACGCUGCAGGGAACCUUGGGCUUCUGUCGUUACUUGAGUUUUUCAGUCUUAGACGGCUCUCCGAAUGCAGAUCCUUUAUUAAGAAACCUCAGGACUCAGUCUCAGGUCAGACUGUGCCCUGAACGAGCACAAGGACCGGGAGGUGUGUGUGUGCUGAGCACACAGCCCUGCCUGGGAGCAGGCCAGGCGAGGUGCCCUUCCCUGCUGCAUGGUCCGUCCUCUCGCAGGAGGGAUGUCCUCUCCCCAAGGUUGUAUUCUCUGUUGGCUGCAGCUGGCCCUUGCCCCAGAGGAGAGAUGGUGAUUUCAUCAGACUCUCUUUCUAAUGGGAUUUGUGCAUUGUACUUGUGUUUUUUUUUGGUUUUUUUUUUUUUAAUUGUUAGUGAUUUCAUGCCAGUAUCUUAAGGACACAUUUUUUCUUAAUUAAAAAAGAAAAAAAAAAAUCAAUUUCCUUUUAUUCUGAGUCAUUUUUUUUGUCUAAUGGAAAGCUUUGCUUCCUUAAUGCCACCUUUUUUAUCUGUUUCUGAGAAAAUUAUGAAGCUGUCAGCUUGGGCAGAACUGCAUCACCUUGUGGGGCCAGGCCUGUCUGAUUCACUGCCAAGCUAACCAGAAAACCUACGGCUGACGGAGAUACCAUCAGAGCUGAUAUGUGAUUGAGCAUCACUGCAGACACACCUCAGCAAACAAAGAGCAGCAGCAAAAACAGACAAGUUUAAUAUCUUCAGGAAACCUCUCGGAGUGCCUCUUUCCUCCUGGAAAGCGAUGGGAUUCUGCUGUGAUGGGCAGUGUGGAAGGUGGCGUGGGCUGCCUCGAGCACAUCGCAUCCUCUGUUUGUAACUCAUUUGGCUGUAGUCUCUCCAUUGUUCCGAAUUCGUGCUCUCCACACUCUGGGUUUAACUCAGGGGUUUAACAAUGGCUGCUCAGUGCCCUCCCUGAUGUCUGCUCGUUUCCCACACACGAGUGUUGAGUGUUGACAAGGAUUUAUGCGCCCAGCUUAGCAUGGGUGCUUGUUGGAGUGGCCCAUGGCUGAUGAGCUGGGCAGAGUAACUCCUUGGUGUGCUUUGUGCCCCGAUGCUGUUUGGUAUUUCACAGUUGGACACGUUAGCCCUGUGUCUCUGUCGAGCUCUAUUUUGACCCCUUGUGUUUUCCCACAGCUUCACUUUUCAGACUUCCACUCACAUGGCUGCUGCCUCCCACCCAGGACACAUCCCUGGUGAAUAAAGGUUGACUGAUUAUUUUUUUUC